AUGGCAAAAAUUUACGAAAAAUUACAGAAUUCACUUAUAAGCUAUGAAGAUUGGCCUAAAGCAAUGGUAACAGAACAAACGUUUAGCAAAGCAGCGCACAUCAUUCGUGGCCAAGACAGAGGAAGAGCAGUAUGGUAUUAUAUUCUCGUUCCUGUUAACAAUAUUGUUGAUCUAAAGGCUAAACUAAUAAAUACAACGAUCCAUGUCACAGACUUUGGUCUCGUGAUUAAAUAUCUUAAUAAUCGAGAUGAAAUUAAACAAAUGUCUGGAACGGGAACCGAUCCACCCGUAAUCAUUCAAAGAUGGGUUGCAAAGCAUUAUAGUUCUCCUGCUGCUGCUGAUGAAAAUACUAAUUUGAAGUACAUAAAAGAUGACAUUCGACUAUGUACAAUUCAACGCGCCAUACCACAACAGCUAAUAGGUGUUCAUUUUCAUUAUUUUGCACCACAACGAUUUCAUUAUAUGAAGCUAAUUGACGAUUUGCCAUCAAGUUUAGCACAUCGAGCAGGAUUAAAAUCCUAUGAUCGAAUCAUAUUUUUUAAUGAUAAAAAUAUCGAGAAUGAAACAGAUGAACAGUUUCGUCAUCGGUUUAAUACUGAACGACAUCUUCCAGUUCAAAUGCUUGUUUGUAGUCCAGCCACCUAUGCACAUUAUAAAGCUAAUAAAAAGAUUUUUCAUUGCAAUCUUCGAACUAUUCGAUAUUUAAAACCUGUAUAUGCAACAUCAACAUCGGACUCCUAUGCAGAUACACCAGCAAUUUAUGUUGAUAAAGAAAGUUUUUGUGCUGUCCAAUGGGAAAACAGUAACAUUGUUUCUACAGUUUCACAAUCAGCGAUUUUUAAAUCACCUGAAUUUACUAAUUUUCCAUCUCUUCGUCAUGUUAAUUUGUGCCGUAUUGAUGAGUCCGACUGUCAUCCAUGGACUAUGUCACCCUCCCUCCAGUUUGUAUCUGUCCUUUCUUGUAAACCAGCUACUAUUCCAAUCAUUCUUGCUUCCUGUCCCAAUCUUUAUCAUCUGCAAGUUCAUCUGUCGCGUACCAACAAUAAUAAUGCCACUUUAUAUAUACCGCUAAAUCAUCCACUUCGACGACUAACUCUUUGGAGUGAUUAUACCGAAUUAACUUUUAAUAUUAUUGACAAUAUUGUUACUUAUACACCUAACAUUGAAUAUUUGUAUUUACAAACAAUAUAUCGUAUGUCAUUUGUCGAUUUAGCACGUAAUUUAUUUAAUCGGCUGCAUCGAUUGUCUCAAUUCGGUUGCUAUAUUCAAGAAAUGCUGACUGAAAAUGAUAGAACUACUGAUUUAACUACUUUACAUCAAGUUCAUUCUUGUUUUGAACGAAUUCAAUGUAUUGAAGAAAAUGAUGAAUUUCGAAUUUUUGCUACGAAAUAG